AUGAGCCUCAUACCAGAAAACUCAUCUCCUGAGACAGUGGUGGCCCUUUUCAGCAUUAAGGAUCUCGACUCCGGGGAAAAUGGGAGAACAUCUUGUUCUAUUGAAGAUCAACUGCCUUUUGCUCUAAAACCAGCUUUCAAGAAUUAUUAUGAACUGGUGACAGAAAAACCUCUGGACAGAGAGAAGGAUUCACAGUAUGUUAUAACCAUCACCGCUACAGACUCAGGGUCCCCCUCGUCGCUUACUACCACUGAAGCCAUUACGAUGCAAAUAUCGGACAUCAAUUACAAUGCCCCUCUGUUUAAUCGGGCAUUUUGCACCAUGUAUGUGCAUGAGAACAAUAAUCCAGCUGCAUUAAUUGGCCCCGUAACUGCUGUUGAUCAGGAUUUAGGGCAGAAUGCCAACGUGAAAUAUUCUGUAAUGCCUGCUCGGAAAGCUGACCAGUCCUUAUAUUCCUACAUAUCUAUUAAUUCUGAAAACGGAAAUAUAUAUGUUCUACGGCCAUUGGACUAUGAGCUUAUAACAAAUAUCGAUGUCCUAGUACAAGCUUCAGACUUUAGCUCUCCUCCAUUAAGCACAAAUGUCACAGUCCAGGUAAUCAUUACUGACGAAAAUGACAACUCUCCAGUUAUUUUAUUCCCCCCGCAAAACAGCUCUUCUGCCUCAGUUGACUUGGCUCCCAGAACAGCGGAGGCAGGCUGUCUUGUAACUAAGGUGGUGGCUGUAGAUGGAGAGUCUGGUCAGAAGCCUUGGCUUUCCUACCAACUCUUCGGGGCAACUGAUUCUGGUCUAUUCAUGGUGGGGCUUUAA